AUGGCACCUGCACCAACUAGUUCAAUCAAUCCAGAUUCCAAUGAAAAUGCGAAAUAUCAAGGCUAUGAUCAUGUCACCUGGUAUGUGAGCAAUGCUAAACAAGCUGCUUCAUACUAUAUUACACGUAUGGGCUUUAGCCCAAUUGCAUAUAGGGGACUUGAAACUGGAUCAAGAUGCGUCGCUUCUCAUGUUGUACAAAAUUCUGACAAUGUGAGAUUUGUAUUCAUGUCUGCAUUGAGGGCCCGCUCGGAGGAUACAGAAGAACAAAAAAUAAUAAAGGAGAUCCAAGAUCAUAUAUCUAGACAUGGAGAUGCUGUUAAAGACGUUGCAUUUGCCGUCGAUGACGUUAAGUCUAUUUUCAAAGCAGCUGUAGCCAAUGGAUCAAAGCCAAUCCAAGAACCAACAACCUUUUCUGAUGAGUUUGGGUCUGUUAUUAUUGCCAAAAUUAAUACUUAUGGUGAUACUACACAUAGCUUGAUCCAGAGAAAUGGGUACUCCGGAGUAUUUUUACCUGGCUACCGAAAGUGUGUUGAAACACAAGACCCCUUGAAUUUGCUCAUUAAUGAUAACAUUCAGCUCGAAGCCAUUGAUCACUGCGUAGGUAAUCAAGGUUGGAAUGAAAUGGACGAUGCAUGUGAUUACUAUGAGAAGACCCUGGGCUUCCAUAGAUUUUGGUCUGUUGACGACAAAGAUAUAAGUACUGAAUUUUCAGCACUUAAAUCGGUUGUCAUGGCUUCUCCUGAUGAGCGCAUCAAAAUGCCAAUUAACGAACCAGCUGUUGGGAAAAAGAAGUCUCAAAUUGAAGAGUUUGUAGACUUUUACGACGGACCUGGUGUUCAACAUAUUGCACUCCGAACUGACGAUAUUCUUCAUACUGUUCGCUGUAUGAGAGCUAGAGGAGUAGACUUCAUUUCUGUACCAUCUACUUACUACGAGACUAUUAAAGCUCGCUUAGCGAAGUCGUCAUUAAAACUGAAAGAAGAUUUCAAGCAAAUCCAAGAUCUAAACAUUUUGAUUGAUUUUGAUGAAGGAGGAUAUCUUUUGCAGCUUUUCACAAAGCCACUAAUGGAUCGGCCAACUGUUUUCAUUGAAAUUAUUCAACGUCAUAACUUCGACGGAUUCGGUGCGGGAAAUUUCAAAUCCCUAUUCGAGGCCAUCGAAAGAGAACAAGCUGCAAGAGGCAAUCUUUAA